AUGGUAUUAUAUGUUAGAUAUGGUUUAAAUUCAACUUUCUUUAUGAAUAAAGGUUUAGACUAUACUCCAAAUAUCAAUCCGCUAUAUCCAAUUGAAGAUAAAAGUUUAUUCUCAAUUGAAACUGAAUGUCCAAGUGGAAGAAGCUUUAUUCAACCAGAAUUAAAAUCAUUUGAUUUUGAACCAAAAAGUAUUAAUGUUGGAUCUUUAAAUAGAGAUGUAACAUUUACAUAUGGAAUUUCAAUUGGAUCAGGUAUUAAAGAAUAUCCAAUUUGUAAUGAUGUAAUUACAACACAAACAAAUUCAACAUUCAACCAAUACAAAUGUAAAUUAACAUUACCAUAUGGAUUUGGAUUACCACAAGAUAUUUUAGUCAAUCUUUAUGGUUUAAUUGGAUUUGGAGCUUACUUUGGUUAUUCAUCAAUAACAUUAAGAAACAAUGGAUAUCCAUUUUUAAUUGAAACAAGUUUCACAGUAUUGGAUUCUCAAAGCCCUGGAUUAAUUACAGGUACAAGUCCAAUAUCAUCAGAAGGUGGUUCACUAUUUAUUUAUGGUAGAUUCCCACCAGAUGCAGAUUUUACUGUUGAAUUCAGCCAAGGAUAUUCAUUAAAACCUUCAACGAAAUCUGGCUUAAUUAUUAAAGUAGAUGGCGCGAAACCAUCAAAUGAUCCAUUUACAAUUUCGAUUAAAAAUGGAAAUUCAAAAUCAUACAUGUACACAGUUACACCAUUCAUAAUUAAAUAUUUUAGAUCAAACUGUAGAGGUACACCAGUUUGUGGUGGUCCAACUCAUGGUACAUGUAAUCAUGUAUUAGGUUGUAUUUGUAAUUGGCAAUGGGAUGGCGAAGAUUGUAAUUUUAAAGUUAUUACCAAGCCUCAACCAUCAAAAUGUAAAGGAACUCCAAUUUGUGGUGGUGCAACUCAUGGUACAUGUGAUAAUUUAUUAGGUUGUAUUUGUAAUUCACCAUGGGUUGGUGUAGAUUGUAAUUCUAAAGUUAUUAUAGUACCUCAACCAGAAUUUAAUACAACUUCUCCAACAAUUGUUUUAAACGAAACAACAACAUCAGAUAAUUCAGAAACAAAUAUAGUAGCAUUAAUAAAUAUAGUAGCAAUUAGAGAGAUCGUUUAUAAUAAUAAAGUUUUACAUAUGUAUUCAUUCGAUAAAUGGAUUUAUAAUUCAAAUAAUUAUAAAUUAUCAACAUAUUCAUCUAAUAUAGUAUUGAAUACUUUGAAAUGA